CAUCCAUUGUAAGCCGAAAGUCCCCUCUCUCUCUUAACACUUCGGUCUCCAGAAAAAAAAAACCCUAGCAGUGGUUCCGAUCAUGGCGAGGCUGGCGGCCAUCUUCUUGGCCGUGAUCUUCCUCUUCCCUGUCCUCUGCCUCUCGUUCUCCGCCGACAAUCCCACCGACCGGCGUCUUCUCGUUCUGGUGGACGACCUCGCCGUGCGAUCAUCGCACUCCGUCUUCUUCAAGUCCCUCCAGACCCGAGGCUUCGAUCUCGACUUCAAGCUCGCCGACGAUCCCAAGCUAUCGCUCCAGCGAUACGGCCAGUACCUUUACGAUGGCCUCAUCGUCUUCUCCCCAUCCAUACAGCGUUUUGGAGGUUCGUUGGACCAAAACGCGGUUCUAGAAUUCGUGGACGCAGGGCACGAUUUGAUACUGGCGGCGGAUUCGUCUGCCUCUGAUCUGAUCCGGGGCAUCGCCACAGAGUGUGGUGUUGACUUUGAUGAGGAUUCCGCGGCGAUGGUUAUUGAUCACACGAGCUAUGCGGUAUCGGAGAUGGAAGGGGAUCAUACUCUGAUCACCAGUGAUGAUCUCGUUCAGUCGGAUGUGAUUUUGGGUGACAGAAAAAUCGAGGCUCCUAUACUCUUUCGUGGAAUUGGUCAUUCAGUUAAUCCUGCUAAUAGCCUGGUUUUGAAAGUUCUCUCUGCCUCACCUUCAGCAUAUUCGGCAAAUCCAAAGAGCAAGUUAUCAAGCCCUCCCUCACUCACAGGCUCUGCUAUAUCAUUGGUUUCAAUAGUGCAGGCAAGAAAUAAUGCUCGUAUAUUGAUCUCUGGAUCUCUGGACCUCUUUAGCAACAGAUUUUUAAGAUCUGGUGUGCAGAAGGCUGGGAGCUCAACUAAGUAUGAAAAGUCUGGAAAUGAGCAGUUUGUGACUGAAAUCAGUAAAUGGGUCUUCCAUGAAAGGGGUCAUCUCAAGGCUGUGAAUGUCAGGCACCACAAAGUAGGAGAAACAACGGAGCCUGCAAUGUACCGCAUCAAUGAUGACUUGGAUUACUCGGUUGAGAUCUACGAAUGGUCUGGAACAAGCUGGAAACCUUAUGUAGCAGAUGAUGUUCAAGUUCAGUUCUACAUGAUGAGUCCUUAUGUUUUGAAGACUUUGUCCCAUGACCAGAAGGGUCUUUAUUCAACAUCCUUUAAGGUUCCUGAUGUUUAUGGUGUUUUCCAAUUUAAGGUGGAGUACCAAAGGCUUGGAUACACAAGCCUCUCUCUGUCAAAGCAGAUUCCAGUUCGUCCUUUCAGACACAAUGAGUAUGAGAGGUUUAUAACAACUGCCUAUCCAUACUAUGGGGCAUCAUUUUCCACUAUGGCUGCCUUCUUCAUAUUCUCCAUUGUCUACCUCUAUCACAAGUAGAUUGGUAUGAAAUGGGAGGAUAACUUAUUUCGAGUAGAACAUGUAUGAGAGGUCUGCACUGAAGUUUUGUUUUUGGAUUAGAAAGAAAUUGUCUUUCUUCAACCUUACUCAUUGUGACAAUUCUAAAGCACUGGAAAUUUUAGUCAUUUUAGUCAUAUUACACCACUUAUUAUC